UUGUGUACCCGCCAUGAGCAGCAAAACGCCAUCCGUCGACCUGUCGUUCGACGAAGCCAAAACCCCGAAGCCGAUUGCUCCUGGCCAAGACAGAUUAUCAGACUUGGCGAAUGGACUCGUGGGUUGGGACAGCUUGGACGAUCCUCAAAAUCCUCAGAACUUCAAGAGCAGCCGCAAAUGGUUCUUAUUGGGCCUCGUCAGCUUCAUCACAUUUCUCAGUCCGCUGGCAUCCUCGAUCCCCGCUCCCGGAAUUGGAUACACGGACAAGACCUUCGGGGUCACCUCUUCGAUCCUGAGCUCCCUGGCAGUUAGUAUCUUUGUGCUAGGCUUCGCGAUCGGUCCUCUGAUUCUCUCUCCGCUGAGUGAGAUUUUCGGACGCCAGCCGGUCUUAAACUGCUCCAACUUUUUCUUCACCAUCUGGCAGAUUGGAUGCGCGCUAGCCCCAAAUAUGGCCGCCCUCAUUGUAUUCCGACUGCUCGCCGGGAUCGGCGGUUCGGCCUGCUUGACGGUGGGUGGUGGGAUCAUCUCCGACCUUUUCCCCCUGCACCAGCGCGGCAAAGCCAACGCGAUAUUCACCCUCGGUCCGCUCUUUGGCCCCGUCAUCGGGCCCAUUAUCGGUGGGUUCAUCGCGCAGCGCGCCUCGUGGCGAUGGGUCUAUUGGGUCUUGCUCGUCGCAUGCGGGGUCAUCAGCAGCAUCAACCUGGUGACCGGCCAGGAAACCAACCCGGUGGUGUUACUGCGUCGGAAGACCCAACGCCUGCAGACGGAGCUCCAGCGUCCGGAGCUCCGCUCCGUCUACGAGCUCCCCACGGGCGGACCCGCUGCGAGCCCGAGGGCGCUCAUGGUGCAGAGCGUCACCCGCCCGGUGCGCAUGCUGGCCGGGUCGCCCAUCCUCCUCCUCCUCGCCCUGUACAUGUCCUUCGUCUUCGGACUGUUGUACCUGCUCUUCACCACCCUCACCACCCUCUACGUCGACACCUACGGCUGGCCGGUCGACCUCUGCGGACUGGCCUACCUGGGCAUCGGGCUGGGCUUCGGCCUCGGCAUCACCCUCGUUGCCAAGACCUCCGACCGCAACGUCAUGCGCCUGAAGAAGGCCAACGGCGACGUCUUCGAGCCCGAGAUGCGCCUCGCCACUUGCCUCUACUUUGCCCUCUUCAUCCCCAUCAGCUUCUUCUGGUACGGCUGGACCGCCGACAAGCAGGUCCACUGGGUGGUCCCCAUCAUCGGCCUGCUGCCCUUUGGGUUUGGCAUGAUGGGCAUCUUUGCCCCCAUUCAGACCUAUUUCAUCGACGUCUCCGGCCAGUAUGCUGCCUCCGCAGUCGCCGGGCUGACCGCCUUGCGUUGUCUGUUUGGCGCCUUCUUGCCGCUGGCCGGUCCCGCCAUGUAUGAGGCGCUGGGGCUGGGCUGGGGGAACUCCUUGCUGGGCUUUUUGGCGCUGGGGUUGACCCCGGUCCCGGCGUUGAUUUAUCGUUAUGGGGGAGCGUUGCGGAGAAAGCAUCCCAUUCGACUUGGGUAGAGUUGGUGGUGAAGAGGG